CGACUUUAAACUUCUUCUGCUCCAAGGAAGAAAAAAAAUAAAGGAAAAAAAAAUUGAGAGCAGGGGGGAGGGCGAAAGAAUAUCAUCUGUGGGAAAUAAGGGUGAAAAGAACAUCGAAUAUGCGACUGAGAGUCCGCACAACAAGAACCAGGUGUGAGAUGAGCAAAAAAGUGCAGCCUGCUCGUGAUUGGCGUUUCAGCGUUUCAUCAAUGUCGUCGAUUUGUCGUCUUUGCUUGUCGCAUCGUACUAGCACAAGCACAGAGCGGCCUCGCAGGCCAACAACUAUGUAUCAGUCUAGCUCCAAUAUAAUUCUUCACUCGCUUUGAAGACAGAGGAAGGACAGGAGUUCCAAGAAGAUGUCAAGUGGUCCUCCUACUUCUUCAGCAGCAGCUCGCGUCCGGACGAGCGUCGUGACUACAAGGACAAAGCGGCGCUGCGGCAGUGCUUGUACCAGUUUGCUUUCAACAUCGGUUUUUCCUGAUGCUUCUCAUCCCUCCGGUGGACUCAGUAAAAAUCUCGGGUUCUUCUCUCACGCCAGGGCUGUAGGAGGACCUGCAGCCGCAGUUGAUUCUUCACCCUCUACUAGAAGUAGGAGUAGCGCUGGAAAUAACAGGCGAAAGCAACUACAGAAAAUUUUCCUUCUUCAUGUUGCCUUCACUUAUCUGCUUUCGUCUUUCCUCCACAGUGCAAGUUUUACUUCAAGUGAAGAUCCCGGCGUUUUCUCGUCCUGGAGGUCGUCUUCACAAGAAACUACGAAUGUUGUUUCCUGUUCUAGAAGAACAAGCUCAACAUCUACUCCACCGUCGCUCGGCACCUCAAGCGGAGGUGGAAUCAGGAUUUUUGCGGCGGGCUUGAAGGUGGUGAAGAAAAGAGCAGCAAAGAGAAGUGUCGGAAGAAAGGCAUCUUCGUGGGUGAACUACAUUCACAGCGAGCAAAGUAAGAAUGAAGAGGAACAAGAUCUGCAGCGUCUGCACCGUAUUACAAAAACAACCACGUCAGACACAACGAAAAGGAUGACUAGCGCAAGUUCGAAAAACAGCAGAAACAACGACCAAAACCACUCCAGUAGUAACAUCAUCAGCAAGAAGAAGAACCCUGCAGGAGUCUCGUCGCUCGACAAAACUUCUUCUCUGAAUAGAGACAGUGACAAACACUUUACACCACAAACCUUCAAAGCGAACGCGUUUUUUGCGAGCUUGUUUUCGAAGAAGAAAAGCCGCGGGGAGCAACAGCGUGAGCGAGGAACGCGGCCGGACUUGCGCUGCGGCCAGGAUAUCCAGAGAGAAAAAGACGACGUAAAGAGUAGGAGAGCCGGAAUUGUAUUCUUUCGUGAAAAUCAUGCACAGAUAAAUCUUCUUGUUCUUUUUCAUCAAACUCUGUGUGACAAUAGCACCCCAUGGCUUGAUCUUGAUGAUGCGGCCCAUAAUCUUGGUACAUGUCGUCACGUACUAAUUUGGAGUUUUGUCUCGACAUCAUAGCGCAAGACGAAUGUAGCGAUUUACUGCUUGCUACGUUUUCUUUUUGUCUGUGUGAUACAAGAAUUUGGUACCAUGGACCAAGGCGUCGAAAUCCGUGUGGUCCCCGACAGCUACCCCUACAUGAACUAUCCAAUGCAAAAUCUUAUAUCGUAGUCGUGCUACUACUUGCAAUCACGCAUGACAAAAGUACUUUACUUUCUUUACGCGAAUCGGCAUGACAUAUUGCUUCUGUUGAAAAAAAUUGUCAUGGUGAAAUUAGGUGUACUAGCACGGUACUUUUGCAAUGCAUAUGAAGGAAGUGAAGUGGAUUUGCGACAAGAUGACGCAGCAGGGGAGAGUGGACAAUGGUCGUCUGAACUACAAGGAGUUCUCCGGGAAUGUAACCACUGGCGUCCCGGAAUCCAAGGAACACAACCCGGUGACGCACAACUACGUUGCCUGCGACGAGGAAAAUGCGGAAGUCCAAAAGUGCACGGUCGGGCUCAUCUGUCCGGGGUGCAAGUUCGCGGAGUGCACUAUGGGGUUCUUAAACGUUACAUUCUCAUCUGCUACAUGAAUUUGGCAUGCAAAAGCACCAUCAUCAUCCACGCGAUCAAGCUGCUUCGCAUGACAAAUUUGCCUAGGGCUAAACAGCACCUAAAUCUGUGCGGAAUCUGUAAUGCUACAGGCGCAAUCUCCCACCUAUCACUUUUGCAAUUCUUGCAUCACAAAUCCAAAUCCAUGUAACAGUUGAGAAUGUAACAGUUGAGAACGCCAUAUGCACAGGGACGCUGACCACGCUGGACGUGGUCGACUGCGAAAGCUGAGAAGCGGGGAUCGAUAUUACCGAUUUCAUAAUUUUACUCCCCUGCGCUGCAGGAGCGAAGCUCAAAUGCUACACUGAAAGUUUGUUGUAAACUCAUCUACAUGCAGUUGACAGUAGAACUUCGAAAUAAUUCAAAAUGCAGCAACGCCAACGUUUGUUUCACGCUUAAUGUCCUAUGUCUCGAACUUGAGAUCAUGGAGAAUAUCACGUCACCUGGAUGAAGGUCGUUUCUGUUUCUACAGUUCAGGGCACUUCUGCUACCGCCAGUUUUUUUGUUGAGAUAAGACUAGGCAGUCUAAGCAGGUAUAGUGACGGUUCGUAAGCUUGGUGCGAGGCAGCGAGUUGCUUGUUCAGCAAGAAACGCCGCAUCUUCGCUGCUGCUUCUGUAGUGUUUGGCGCGCAGCUGACAAAGAUCAAGA